AUGGGUGAUCUACCGAGCGUAAGAGUAGAAACAAGUUCCGCUUUCCAUUCUACUGGGAUUGACUUCGCCGGUCCUUUCAUGAUAGCUAAUAAGAAGGGACGUGGCAGUCGUAAUACUAAAGCCUACCUAUGUGUCUUUGUGUGCCUCGCCUCAAAGGCGAUUCACCUUGAGGUGGUUAGCGAUUUAUCCACCGAAGCUUUCAUAUUGUGUCUACGCAGGUUCGUAUCGCGUCGUGGCAAGCCCGAGGUAAUUUAUUGCGAUAACGGGAGGAACUUUGUAGGCGCGCACAAUGAGCUAGGUAGAGUUUUACGGUCCAGCCGUCAUCCAGUUUCGGAUUACGCAGCUAACGAGUCGAUUAACUUUAAAUUUAUUCCCGCGUACGCGCCUAACUUCGGCGGAAUAUGGGAGGCUGGCGUCCGAGCAGCCAAGUUUCAUUUAAAACGUAUUGCUGGUAACGCAAACCUGACGUUUGAGGAGUUGACUACUCUUUUUGUGCAAUCAGAGGCUAUUCUGAAUUCCCGUCCAAUCACUCCUCUUUCAUCAGACCCCAACGACAUGAAUCCCCUUACCCCAGGGCAUUUUUUGAUAACUCGGCCACUGACUUCAUCUGUGCCAUCUCUACCCGUCACGGGCAACCCAGUAACCAGAUACAAGCGCAUCGAGCUUCUCCGGCAGCAGUUUUGGGAAAGAUGGCGUCGCGAAUUUAUGGCUGAGCUUCAACAGCGAGUAAAAUGGAAAACUAAUCAGAGAGGAAUCCAGAUGGGAGACCUCGUUCUGCUAAAGGAAGACAAUCUGAUGCCGUUACAAUGGCGCAUGGGGCGCGUCAUUCAUCUCUACAAUGGCCCUGACGGCGUUUGUCGGGUCGCUGAUAUAUUGACGGAGAAAGGUCCAAUCAAAAGGGCCGUAAACAAGAUGUGUCUUCUGCCAACUGAUCCUGAACCCGAUGAGGGCAACAAGUCAAGGAAUGAUCAGACCGAUCCCUAA